CAAUCCAGUGUGCUGAUGGCUAGUUACGGGUUAGACGAAGAGCAGGAAUAUGAAUACGUCGAUGAGGUGACUGGCUUUAGCUUUGAAAUUCCGGAGGGCGUCCAAGCAGGAGUAACAAUGAAGGUGUUUGGACCCCACAAUGUGACGCUUCACGUCCCUAUGCCCAACAAUGCUGAAGCUGGCGAUAGGAUGCACAUGGUUAAAUCGGAUGGCAAGUGGAGAAUCGAUCAUGUUACACGUGGCGAAGCAAAUGUUGCGCAAAUGUUGUCCAUACCCCAGGCAAAAACAGUUGAUGACCUUGCCAAAGACCUUGGUCAGCCACAUGUUUGUAGUGUAGAACUACGGACGACCAAAGGUAUGAUCAAUCUCAGGGUGGUGCCGAGCUGGGCACCCAAAGGUGCGCAGCGCUUUCUGCAGCUCGUCACUGACAAGUACUACACUGACCUUCCUGUUUACCGAGCUGUGCCAGACUUUCUGGUGCAGUUCGGAGUAUCUGGCGAUGAUCGAAAUUGGAAGUAUGAGGCCAUCGAAGAUGAUGACUCCAGGGGAGUUCCCUUUUUGGAGGGCAUGGUGUGCCUUGCAGCCAGCAGUCAGAACAGCCGGAUGGCUACGCUUUGCAUUUUCUUGACCGACUUCCCUCAGCUGGGGAAGAAGAGCUGGGAAACACCGUUUGCGCGGGUGUCGGAAGAGUCGCUACCCGUGCUUCGAAGCAUCUACACUGGUUAUGGGGAUAUGCCUCAGUGUGGUGGUAGUGGUCCGGACCCAAUUCAAUUGCAGGAUAGAGGGAACAGCUACAUUAAAGAGAGCUUCCCGAAAUGUGACUAUGUGGAGUCGGCUGAGUGGGUGUCGUGAGAGGCCCUGGAUAGCAUUCACAGAAUGUUUCGUACUAGACUUAGGGUGCGGGGAAAGUAUCCGCACUGCUUGUCUUCGUUCACAACUGUAGUGCUCCCUUAAGCGGAGGACUCUUCGACAAAUCCUGUCAUCAAAUGCCUUAACGCGCCCAUUCGUCUCACAGACUCCGCCGGAACAUAUCCAGCAGAGAAUGCGAUGUCUUCCCGUGUGGAUCAGAGACGUUUGA